AUGAGUAAAUAUACAGGAAUAGGUAUUGGAAUAGAUUUAGGUACAACAUAUUCAUGUGUUGGUAUUUGGGAAAAUGAUCGAGUAGAAAUUAUAGCAAAUGAUCAAGGAAAUAGAACAACACCAUCAUAUGUUGCAUUUACUGAUACAGAAAGACUUAUUGGAGAUGCAGCAAAGAAUCAAAUUGGAAUGAAUGUUAAGAAUACAGUAUUUGAUGCGAAAAGAAUGAUAGGAAGAAGAUUUAGUGAACCAAGUAUUCAAAAAGAUAUGAAACAUUGGUCAUUUAAAGUAGUUGAUGAUGGACAUGAUAAACCAAUAAUUGAAGUAGAAUAUAAAGGAGAAAUAAAAG